AUUUCUUCUUACUUGGACGACAGAAAGAAAAAAAAACAGAGGAGGAAGCAAGAACCCUAGAAUAUAUGUGAUCCUUGUGAAACACGCAAGAAGGUACAAUGUGAUUCUUUAAAAAGUUUCUUUUGGCGUAAAGAAAUCUAAGAGGACGGAACAGAGAGACAGAGUUUUUUUUUCCGGCAAGGUGAAAAAUCUCUGUCUUCUCUGCCUGAAAACACUCAGAUUGUCGGGAACAAAGAGAAUUAAACUUUUUAACUUUUGUUUUUUAAUGUUUAUAUGGUUUGGUAAGAGAGGAAAGUUAAUAAUAACGAAAGGUGGAGAAGGAGAAGAUGAUUCUUGGGAAGAAAUAAAGAAGAGAGGAGAGAGAUCUAUAAACGGAAACAGAGAGAAGAGUGUGUGUGUGAGAAAUAAACAGAGGUGAAUGUCUUUAUAUAAAGCAUGUCUGCCUUUGUAUUGUUUUAGAAUAAUCAUUUUCAUUUUCAUUUUCUCUUUUGGUUUUACUUUAUUUUAUUUUACAGUAUGUAUUUGUUAUUAUAGAUAAAUUAUUUUUUUGCUCCAUCAACCAUAAACUUGCUUUAUCUAUAUAAGUACUAGUAAACAUUGUUGAACAUCAAAAACAUUAUUUAAGCAAAAAUUAAAACAUCACAAAACAUAAACGAUGGCCGGGAUGGGAGUUUAUCGAAUUGUUAUAUGUAGUAUCAUUUCUGUUUUUGUGCUUUAUUGUUAGUUUUCAACUUUUUAUACGACUUUUAUUUUUUUCUCCAGUUGACAUUACCAAAAUGUAAUUGACUAAUAACCACCGUGAAGUGUGUAUACUGUUUUUUUUUUCUUGACAUCGUUUGUAUACUGUUAUUAAACAGAACAUUUUGGAUAUUUAUAUACAUAGGUCAAAAGAGUUCGGUAGAUGUCAUAGUUGGUAAUUUAGUAGUUUAGAACUAGCAAUUAAAGGCCAAAUAACAUUUUGUGUGAGGUUCAAUACAAAAUGAAGAAAUAAUGCUUGGCGGACACCAAUGUUCUACAAAUCACAUAAUGUAUAACAAGUUUAUUCCAAUAGGAAAGUGAUUGUAUUUAUUCUUUUCUCGAGGAAACAAUAUCUCGUAUUGUUGUCCUCUCUCGUUACAGUAUAACGUAAAACUCACGAUUAUAGAAUGAUCAAUUGUGUAGUACAAGUAUUGAAAUCAUGCAGUGGUCCAUAUAUAGAGAAACAGAUAUAGGAGUCUCAGUUUUGUCUGUGAAGUCCAUUAAGGUGUUAUGUGUAACAAUAUUAAUUAUAUGUGUAUUGGUCGAAUAAGUAACAAAUAUUGUAUAUACAUUCACACUCUUUUAACGAAUCAAUAAGAAAAAUAAACAAUGUUAAUCAUGAAAGAGCUGGCUAACAUUAAUUUGGAUUAUGAUCUAUAAUUGAUAGUAUUGGUUUUGUAGUACGUUAGUUUUUUUUUCUUGGACAGCUUGUAGUAGGUUAGUUAUUGUUUUAGAAAAUAUCUGAUAAUAAUGAACAACAAUUCAAAACUGAAAAGAAAAUAUGUUGCUAACCAAUAAAAAUUGACCAAAAGCUCCAGAGUUGAUAAAGAAUACUCAAGAUGUUUCAGCAAAGCACAUUUGUUUUAUUGUUAAUUGGCGAUGAUGCCGCUUCAUCUAGCACCGACGGUACCAUUUUGUUUGUAUACAUACAUCAUCAGUUUUAAUAGCUAUCAUAAAUAAACAAAUAAAACAUUGACUAAACAUUUUAGUAAACAAAAAAGUCAAUUCUUUCAUAAACUUCGACGCACGUUUCCAGCUUUGUUUAUCAAUCAUUUUUACUACAUGAACUUAAUGUUACUAGAUGGAUCUCGUUCUAAAAAAAAGGUAGAUGGAUCUCGAUUGUUUUCAGACGGUAGUAAGAUGGAACACACAGCGGGAAAGAAAGGACUGCCCAAUAGCCGACGUUGACUGUUACGGUGUUACCUAUUUAGAACGUAGAUGGUCAUUAGUUUUUUUUUUUGUAGUUAUCUUGCACUACUCUAUGUAGUUCUUUGCUACGAGACUCUAUGUCGUUAUGAAAUUUUAAAACACAAUAAAUAAAAACGUAUUUAUUCAAAACUUUUUUUGGUCUAAAUUUAUUCAAAACUUUUGAAAACGUGAACUUGACAUCUACGAUGGAAUGCAAAAUAGUUUGUGGAUCAAAGACUUGUAUUUCCUAGUCAUCACGGCAACAAACAUUUCACUUCACGAAGAUACUUUAUUUGGAAUGAUUCAUUUUCGGACCGUACGUCCAGUUCCAAAACAUAUAUUAAAAAGGGAAAUUUGAACUAAUAACCAACAAAAAAAUUAUAUUUCACUAACUAACCAUUUUCUUCCAUCUCUCCUUCUUUUUCUUCCUAUCUCUCUCUACUCUCUUACUACAAAACUAAUAUUUCUUCCAAUAUAGUUAUUCAACAAAUUAACCCUAAAAUUCAAAUAAUUUAGAAGCUUUUACCCUUUUUUUUUUGGUUCGUGCUUCUGAUAGGGUACUUCGUGUUAUAAUCAGUUAUUAAGUCAGUAGAUUGACAAAUUAAAGUCUGUAAUUAGUUGGCAUGUCAUGUGAGAACACAUACCGAGAUAAUAAUCCAGCAUAUAUACAUGAGUUUGUGAUAAUAUAAAGUUACAAACAAACUUGAGUUAAUUGUUACAUAAUUACUAAAAUUAAAUCAUAUAAAUUCUUACGUCUUCGCCAAUAUUCUUACAAAUAUUCACUAUUAGAAUAUAACUUUUGUACGUGACAUAACUCAUAUAUUGCUUCUUAGACUUAAGCAAUUUGUUAAUUUGAAUUGCAUAUAUGCCAUUCUUAAAAAAAAAAAUUUACAGUUGGCUUUUGAUUUCUUGGAAUGUGAAACAAGUAUGUAUGAUUAUAUCUCUAUAUUAUUAUGGUAACUUAAACAAUAAUAAAAAUUGUGGUCUGAGGUAUAAUAAUGAUAAUACAAAUAAAUGAAUAAAAUAAAUAAUUGGAGAAAUAAAAUAGCACUACAUAUGUAGUUGCAUGCAACCAGGAAGUAACAUGCAGUGCCAUGCAAGUAAAUAUAAUGUAAAGGGACCAAAUACCACAUGGGUUCUUACAAUUGAACUUUGCUUCUUUCACUCACAGUUAUCACUAUUCGUUUUAUCUUUCAUCAUUUUAAAUAAUUCUGAAUCUUCAAUUUUUAUAUCAAUAAGUUACGUGUCUAUUGAACUAAAUCAAACAUACAGCUAACUAUAUGUGAUUUUCUCAGUAAAUAGCUAGAGACACAUAAUCCUAUUCCGAAAACUGAUGACAAUGUAUACACUUUAUCAGACAAAAAAAUGUAUACGAUUUUUAUACAGAAAACUAGAUAGAUUCUAUGAUUUCACUGUAAAAAGGAAAUAAAACCAACUGGAUUUUAUGAAUUUAUAAAACAUUUUUAUUGGUUUUUGGGUUUUGAAAUUUUAAAAGAUUGAAAUAUCUCGAAGAAGGUUAGGAAUGUAUCUCUUUGUAAAUGUUCCUACUCAUAAAAUAUGUGAUCGACCUUGUUGCUCUCUAUCCCCAUGAACAAAACAUUUACAAAUAGAAUGUUGGGUCCCUAAUGUUUGUUUGAUUUUCAAAAGAAAAGGUUGUACAUUUAUUUUAUAAUUAAGUCUUUCAAAAAGAAAAAUGGGUAUCUAUGUUACUUUAGAUAUGAUAACUAUAUUGUACUCUCUCUGUUUUUAAAAGAUACAUAUUCUAAACUUUUCAUAUAUAUUAAAAAAACUCAUUAAAUAUACAUUGUUUUUGUGAAUAACAAUUUUUCAUAACUUUUAACCAAUAAAAAUUCAAUAAACACCAUUAAUUUUUUUGAAACUUACAAUUUUUCAUAAAAUCAUACAUUAAAAAGUGAAAAUGUAUCUUUUUGAAACAAUUUCUUUUUUAGAAUAUACAUUUUUAGGAACGGAGGGAGUACUAAAUAAGCUAUAAUAAUUAUGAAAGUAUUCAAAGAAUCAAUCAAUUUUUGUAGAAAACAUAUCGAAGGAACUAAAAAAUAACAACCGAUGGGAUAUAGAAUUGAUAUCCUAUCUACUUUGCCACCGAAACUCUCCUCUCUAUUUAUUUUAGGGUGUUAUUUCAACUUUUAAUUGUCGGCAUAUAUAUUCUGUGUCUAUAUUAUUACAUUACGUAUAUGUUGAUUUUGUAGAAUGAUUCUUUUAGUCUUCAUCCCCUUUAAAAGCUAUGAGGGGGUUGUUGAGCCUCCUAAUUAAAUGUUUAAUGGCUAAACUUAAUUAGCAUAAAACCCGAUCAUUAUGUCAUUCAUUAUAAUUGUUGUAGUUGCAUGAAAUUGAAAUAAACAAGUCACAAAAGAAAAACUUUAAUGAUAUAUAUUUAAUCCUUUUUAAAAAAUAUCGCCCUUAUAUAUUUUUACAAUAAACAAGAACCAUAAAGAUUUUUUUUUCUUUUUGACGAUAUAAAAUUAUAAAGUAAUUUUAAAAAUACCUUAUUUAUGUUUGGGUGUGCUUGCAUUACAUAAUACUUCGAGAAGCUAUCAUUGGAUCUGGUUAAAGUUUAUAAACCACUUACUUAAUGUGUACAGUUUCGCUCCUAUAAGGCGGAGGAGAAACCACACCUCAGUCUUCAUCACUCUAUUUCUCACCUACUUCCAUGUUCCAAUACUAAUUUUGUUUUAAAUAUUUAUAUAUACAACAGGAAAGUUCAUAGGUCAAGUUUUUUUAUAUAUAACUUUUAGGUGGAUUAUCACAUAUUAAAUACUUUUACCUCUUUUGACGAAAGCAUAGCCAUCUUUAAUAUUCUAUUAAUUAGUUGUUCGUUCAUUAAUCGAACAAUCGUUCUAAUACUUUUCCAUUUACAAUAUUUUACGUACAUAAGCUGACUAGACUUAAGGUGGGCUGAAACAAAACUACGAUGCUAGUUACGACGAAUGUGAGUUCCAGAUUAAUCUGAAACGACAGAUAAAGGCUCAACAGCAAGCAACAUGGCACGUGGGAAGUUAAACUUUCUAUCGAAGUUGAUGAUGUUAGUUGUUACCUUUGGAAGAUCGUUUAAUCAAGUAAUGAAUAAUACUCGAGUUUAUGAAAUAAUGGACCGACACUUGCACUAAACUCUUGAAACGUUUACGAUUAUUUUGCAAACGUAAACGCUAAAAGGAGAAUCUUUAUUCCAUGUGAACCUCACAUUCGCGUUUGUUACCGUAUAGAUACGUUGGAAGCGGUUAUUCUAAUUGGGCCAAUGUUGGGCCUUAUUUACUAAUACAGUGGCCUUACACGGACUCAAAGCAAUACGACGUCUUGGCAGUAAUCUACGGUGACUUCGGCGCCGUCGCUGGGUGGUGACGGAGGCGUGAUGGAGCUUGGAGUGCUUGUGCACAGAUGAUACAGAGCUUUAACCUACAGCGUCUCACCGUUCAUUCACCUUGAAGUAUGUUACAACUUACAAGUGCUCAUUGAUAAGAUGCAUAUAUAGUAUAUAGUCCACUCUUUCCCUCUUUUCUCUCAACAUUUAUGUUAUGUUUUGAUAGGUUAUUACGUUGGACAUUUCUCUCGUAUGGUGAAGGCAAUGCAGCACGGGAAUCCCUUAUCGAUUACACAUGUAUCAACCAAACUAGAGCUCAAAGAAGCGAUUAACUUGCUCCUGAGUAACCCUGAGAUCUUGGAAGCGAAUCAGAGAGCUUCUAAAGAGGCAUAUGAAUCUCUAGCGAGCUGCAUUGUCUCUAGCAUUUGGAAUCUUCUCAGUUGCUAGUGUUGGAUAAUUGACACUAUAAGCAAACGAGAUUCGGAGAUAAUAUUCUAUUUUCUUCAGCCGUCAAGCAAAGCGCCCGUGGCCUAAUGGAUAAGGCGUUUGACUUCUAGUCAUUCUUGUUUUUAUUUUUGUUCUUUCUAUAUGUAAUUGGAUAUCUGUGGGUUUCUUCCUACAAACCAUUUUGCCAGUCUUCAUAUCCUAUGGAUUUUGAAAUUUCGAAUUUGCUAUCUAAGUAAAUUACUGCAAAUUUAUUUACUCUGAUUCUUCAAAUGGCCUUUCCAAAAUGUUCAUUUUGUUGGUUUGUAACUAUCUUUAAAAUGUAGUUAAGGUAUAUGGGUUAUGGAGUUUCAAACUUUAAUUUUGGAGGGUUUAGAGUUUUGAUCUUUCAAUAUGUGGAGAUACAUAUUUUAAAUUUUAAAUUCAGAUGUAUAUAGAACGUGAUCAUAGUUUGAAAAACAUACGAUACGAUACUAUACAAUACUUCUUGUGGAGGAAUAACUUGUUUACCUAUUAUUCAUCAUCAAUAUCUGUUAGCAUGUUAAAUGCUUUACUAUAGCUUUGUCAUAAUUAUUUAGAUCCAAAAUUUUAUCCAUCAUUUUAUUACAAGAAUAGUUUAAUAUAUUUUGUGACUUCGUUAAUAAUUAUUCAAUGUAUAAGUGGGUUAGUCUUAUGGAACUUGUUCCCCCUUUUUUACUAUAUAUGUCGGGUAAAUUUUCUACACACAAUGAAUUUGCAUAGGAACAAUUAAGUUGUGCACAGUCUUAUUUAGUGUCUGACUUUAACGGCGGGAUUCAAUUCUUUACGUAUUACGAAUUGAAACCAAUAGUAAAGGGAGGUACUGUACCAACUUUAACCUUCACGGCUUCACUGUUAUUUUGAUUUUUUUUCUUAAUGUUGAACCUUUCCAGUUUCCACAUAUCGUUACUCAUUGGUGGUAUAAAAGAUAUUAGUUUAUAUCUUGUGAGUGUAGUAAUUAGUGUAUGAUCAUGUGCAUGUAGUAAGAAACAAAUUAAUUAUCAUGAUCAACGUGAAAAAACAUGUAUUUGUUUAUAUUAAGGGAUCUUCUAAUUUAAAUUAGAAAUUUGUAUAUUCUAUAUAUAGUUUAUGGCUUAUAUAUUGAUAAUAUGAUCAAUCUUAUAUUUCUUUUAUACUUUACGUAUAAGUUAGCCAGUAGAUUUUAAUCACUUGAAUCUAGUAACUAAAAGUAUUAUAUUUUAUGAGCAGUUUAAGUUUUAGUUGUUAAAAAUAAUUUGUGAAAUUUCAAGUGUAGUUCACUGGCGUUUGAGGGGAAGAUAAAUCUAAUACGGUGAACUCUGGUUCCAACUCUGCUGACCACACGGAUAUGAACUAUUGUUUUCAGUUUAUUUGAAUGCUUAAGAUAUAGUUUAUCCGUGGGUUGUACCUUCAUCCGGAAGUUAGGUCUGAAAUAUAUCCGGGUUUAAUCUUUUUAGUUUUAAAAAAAAGUUUAGCAAACAAUGUUAUAUAUAUAGUCUCUAGGAUCUUCUUACCCUAUAUGAAGCAUCCCAUGUGACAAAUAACGUUUAGCUCCAAGAAGAGUGGGGACCUUUUUAUUGAUUACCGAUCGUAGUAACUAAUGGUCUUUGAACGGGUUGGGUUCUCCUUAAUAUCUGAGAUUUUAAGCCUGUCUCGCUUUUUUUCUUAUCUUUUUUCUAAUGCAUGCAUGAGACUGUUAAAGGUUUUUGCGCGGAUAUUAUUUAAUUUCCAUGACCAUAUUUACAUAGUAAAUUUUUAUUUUGUCUGUGUGUUUUUUUGGUUAAAAGAACUCUGUGUUUGUUCUUCGACUUCUGUAACAUGAUUUUGUAUGUAGAAACCGUUAUCAUGAACCCAAUUGACUAUCUACUGGUUCUUAAUAUCAUUUACUAUUAUAUGGAAAAAUUAAGAGCCGCUAGUCUUUAGUUUCAAUUAAAAUAUACUUGAACAAAUAAAAAUAUCUUUAUAUGUUCAUAGGCAGGACUGGUCCUGAGCACAGCCAAUUGAAACUUCGGCAUAAGUUCCUCAAAAUUUUUAAAAGAAAUUAUACAUAAAAAGAAUUCCAAAUUUGUAAAAAUUUUUUUUUUUGAAUAUCCUUAAUUUCAACAUCUCAGGGACGCUCCUGUUCAUAGGUGAAUAUAUAAUGAUAAAUAAAAGUUGAAAAGAUUGGCGAUCAUAUCAUACAAUUCACGAGUAACUAAAUUAACUUGGGUAGGAAAACUUUGGAGUUUCAGCUUAAUGAUAAAUACCGAUGUCUUUUUUGGAGAAAUUGAUCUGAAUUUAGAUUAUUUUGAGAACAAAGUGGAUUGUGUUUGUCCUAAUCCAUACAUAAUAUUAAAAAGACACCAUAUAUGAGUAUAAACACACAAAUAACACUAUUAUUUUGAGUUUUGAAAACACAUCUUACUUUUAGUCCAGAUCGAAGACUGUUAUGAAGGGUCUUUAGCUGAAAUAGUAGAAUUUCAUAAAGAAAGAGCCUAUGAUAAGUAGUUAUCAAACGAAUCCUUUACAAUGAAUGCAGUCAUCUAAAUCCAUUAAAAAAUAAAACAAAAUCAAACACUCUGAAAAUUGUGAUGUCUCAUCUCUUUCAAGAGUUUAGGCUCAAAAGGUUCCCUUUCUCUUAUACACUGUCGUUAGUUUUAAAAUUCAUUACUUAUCAUCAAUCCGUUCAGCCCUAUCUGCUUUUAACAUACAAAAAGAUUCCUUCCUCUUCACCUCUAGCUCUCUCUAUUAAACUGUUACACAUCAACUAUUUGUUGAGUGGCAAUUGAAUAUGAGAGAGAGAGAGAGAUUGUGUGUAUAACUUCAAGUUAAUAAAAGAAUGUGGGGGUAAAGAGAGAAAGAGGAGUACGCAGUAGAUGAGGACAAUGAGACUUAGUUUUCAAAUUAACUUGUUCUUUGUUUUGGCUUUUAUUGGUCAUAUCACACUCUUUAUAUAUAUGAUCUACUUAGCUCUCUGUGUUGAUUCUUAGCUUUCAAAGAUAGCUUUUGGCCUCACCCUAUACUCUAUACAGGUUACUGCACAUAUACAUGGUUAUGGUCAUUAUGAAUUUGCCACUAGUGACAACUUUUUUUGCAUAUUAAUGUAGUAAUUCAAGCGCAAGCGCGCUCGCACAUACACACACACAUAUAUAUACCAAGAAUGGAGGCAUAGCCAAAGGAGGGGAACUACAUUGUCAGUUUUCUGGAGUUUUUGGGACCAUUUAUUCCUGUUCACUCUUUCUCUUUCACAUACUUCAAGCUUAACUUUGACAAAAAUAAACAUCCCCACCUAUGUUAAUAGAUUUAAUAUAUAAAAGCUCAAAAAUGUUCAUUCAUUUUUCCUUUCUUCUACAUUAUUUAUUUUCCACGUCUAUAAAAAUCAGUCCAAUGAGACGGUGGUUUUGAUGUUAGUGCUCACAAUUGGGGUUUUGUAAAUGUUAAAAAGUUCCAACUAUAGAAAAUCCGUUAAAUAUAUUUAGUCCAGACGGAAUGUGAAUUACCAUUUAUUGGUUUUAUACAAUCCUCUUUUUUGGUGCACUCACACACGGUUAGGAUUGUAAAAAUAUCUAUAUUUUUAUGAAUUAUAUUAAGAGAACCUCUUAUCCUUUUUAAGUAAAAUAAAAAUUCUCUUAAAUCUCGCACAUGACCUCAAAAAUCCAAACUGUGUUGGUUGGUUCACAUUGUGUUUAAACUUGUAACAAUACUUGUAAACGAUGAUAUUUUUCUUAAUAUAAAGAAAAUAUGUAAUUCAGACGACAAAAAAUAGCUGGCCGAAAAUAUUUAAAAUUCCUUGGAUACAACAAAAUAUGUCAACCUAUAUUAAUGUUAGAGAGAUGAUGGAUGAUGACUGAUGAUGUGCAAGUAAGACAAAAUUAUAUCACACUUUCCUUUUCCAUCUUUAAAUUCCAAAACAAAAAGCACUAUUGGGUUGCUCCCUUAUUAGAUGGAAAUCCUCACAGAAUAGUACACACACAUCUCGCUCACUUUCCAUCACUAUCUCUAUAUAUCCCUCUAGAUGCAUAUCCCAAUUAUAAAUAUCUUCCUUUGAACGCUGCAUGCUCUCAAACUUUGUUGCACCUCCAAAAGACAAAGUGUAUAGAAGAGAACCUUCUUGUCACGCCUCUCUUACUCUUGUCUUGUGGUCCAAUAAAACCCUAAUUUUCUUUUCGUCAGUUUCUCCACUAUAUUAGAUCCUACAACUUUCAUACUUUUUACUUAUCUCUUAUAUACAUUAAGAUUCACAAGAACGAAUAAGAAAAUAAAAGAAAUGGAAUGGUCAACGACAAACAACUUAGAAAACAUGAGAGUUGCUUUUAUGCUGCCGACAUGGCCGGAGUCGAGCUCCUUUAACUCACUACAUAACUUCAACUAUGAUCCUUAUGCAGCAGGAAAUUCAUACACGCCUGCUGAUACGCAAACCGGACCGGUUAUCUCUGUACCUGAACCAGACAAGAUCAUUAAUGCGUACCGAUUACCAAGCAACAACAACGAGAUAACAAAAAAGAAGAGACUAACGAGUGGACAAUUAGCUUCACUUGAACGGAGUUUUCAAGAUGAGAUCAAACUUGAUUCAGACAGGAAGCUAAAGCUGUCAAGAGAGCUUGGUUUGCAGCCACGUCAGAUAGCGGUUUGGUUCCAGAACCGUCGUGCACGCUGGAAGGCAAAACAGCUCGAGCAGCUGUACGAUUCGCUUAGGAAAGAGUACGACGUGGUCUGUAGAGAGAAGCAGAUGCUACAUGAGGAGGUGAAGAAGCUGAGAGCUAUACUAAGAGACCAUGGACUAAUCAAGAAGCAGAUCUCCGGUGUGACCAGUGGGGAAGACACGACGGAGAUUCCAUCUGUGGUGACCACUAAAGUGUACGGUACUGAUCAAUACAACAAUCAGAUGGUUGUCGCUUCUUCUUGCUGGCCGCCUUACCCGUGAUAGCUGCUGCUGAUCUUAGAGACAGAGAGCUUUAGACUAGUCAUGGUACUUUCAAGUUGUGUUGCAACUAAGAGACAAGCUUUUGCUCAUUGUACGAUCUGAAAACAUAAAUGUAACGUUCUUGUGUCUCACGCUGAUCAAUAUAUUCAUUCCAUGGUAUCUUUAUUUGAAA